GCGCGUGUGAAAAGCGAGACGACGGGGAGGAGCUUAACACUUCACUUCUCCGGUGGCGACAAUCCUGCAGAUCCAUCACCUCUGAACAAGUUGUAGCAAGAUGGCAACCAGUGUCCUCAUGCACUGCCUCCUCCUGAGCGCCUUACUCACCGUCUCCUCCGGCGGCCUGGUCCAGAAGAUGCUGCGCCAUCGCCGCCAAGCUCCUCAAGGACUCAACGUCACCACGCCCGGCUCGGAUCAGCCGGUGGUUUUCAACCACGUCUACAACAUCCACGUCCCCGCCAGCAGCCUGUGCUCCGGCAGCCCGGACGACGCCGAGAGCGUGCGGCCGACGGAGACCGCCGUGGCCUCCGGCCGCCUGGCCACGCAGCACGCCGCCGACGGCGAGAACCAGAUGGUCUUCACCCACCGCAUUACCAUCCCUCGCCAGGUGUGUGGCUGCGGUGCUGAGGAGCAGGCCCUGAGGGACCUCAGGAGCCGCAUCGAGAUGCUGGAGGGGGUGGUGUCGGCCUUGAGGAGUCAGUGCGCCGGCGUCGCCAACACCUGUUGUGGCGCCCAGGUGGCAGGGGACGUGCGAACCGAGCCUCUCUGUGGCGGCCAUGGGAACUACAGUGCGGAGAACUGCAGCUGUCGAUGCGAGCCCGGCUGGACGGGUCCUAACUGCGCCGAGUCCCGGUGUCCCAACAUGUGCCGGGGACGAGGACGCUGUGUGGAGGGCGUGUGCGUCUGCCCAGAAGGUUUCCUCGGCGAGGACUGCUCCGACCCGAUCUGCCCCAAAAACUGCACUGAGCGCGGGCGCUGCGCCAACGGCACCUGCCGCUGUGAACCGGGCUUCGCGGGGGAGGAUUGUGGACAGCGCACGUGUCCCGGCGACUGUCACGGCAACGGCUUCUGCGUGGACGGCCGGUGCGUGUGCGCGGCGGGCUACAGCGGAGAGAGCUGCUCCAGCCUCACCUGCCUCAACGACUGCAGUGGGCUGGGCACCUGCUUCAACGGGAUGUGCAUCUGCGACGACGGGUAUCAAGGCGAGGACUGCAGCCAGCUGGCGUGUCCCAACAGCUGCUACGGCAGAGGCCAGUGCAUCAACGGGCGCUGCGCCUGCGACGUCGGCUUCAGCGGCGGCGAUUGCGCCGAGCUCUCCUGCCCCGGCAACUGCCUCCAGAGGGGGCGCUGCAUCAACGGGCAGUGCGUGUGCGAGGAAGGAUUCGCCGGCGAGGACUGCAGCGUCAGGACCUGCCCCUCGAACUGCUUCGGCCGCGGCGAUUGCGUCGAGGGGAGUUGCGCGUGCCACCCGGGAUUUGCCGGCGACGACUGCGCCCUGCUGAGCUGCCCGAACCACUGCCGCGACCACGGCCGCUGCGUAGACGGGCAGUGCGUGUGCGACGAAGGGUUCGCCGGCGAGGACUGCGGUCGGAAAGCGUGCCUCAACGACUGCCUGGCCCGAGGACACUGCGACGGCGGCGUGUGCGUCUGCCAGGAGGGAUACUCGGGGGCUGACUGCUCCGCGCACACGUGCCCGGACAACUGCAACGACAGGGGGCGCUGCAUCAACGGGAGGUGCGUCUGCGAGAGCGGGUAUGAAGGGGAGAGCUGCGCGGAGCUGAGAUGCCUCAACAACUGUCACGACAAAGGACGCUGCAUGAAGGGGCAGUGCCUCUGCGACGAGGGAUACAUCGGGGACGACUGCUCCGACGUGUCUCCUCCGAGGGAUCUUUCUGUCGGCGAGGUCACCGCGGAGACGGUGGCCUUGUCCUGGGCCAACGACAUGCUGGUGACCCAAUACCUGGUCACGUACGUGCCCACUCAGCCCGGCGGGCUCCCCCUGGAGUUGACCGUGCCGGGGGACCGAACCAACGCCACGGUCAGAGAGCUGGAGCCGGGCUUGGAGUACCAGGUCAAUGUCUACGCCGUCCUGAGCAACAAGAGGAGCGUCCCGGUCAGCGCCAGGGUGGCCACAGCUCUUCCCCAGCCAGAAGGCCUGAGGUUCAAGUCUGUCAGGGAAACCAGCGUUGAGGUGGCGUGGGAGCAGCUCACCUUCCGCUUCGAUGGCUGGGAGAUCUACUUCCGCAACACGAAAGAAGAAAACGGAAAGGUGGUGAGCGUCGUUCCCUCUUCUCAAAAUCACUUCCGUCAGUCGGGCCUGGGACCUGGCCAGGAAUACGAGGUGUCCAUCAGCGUCAUCAAAAACAACACCAGGGGACCCCCGACCUUCACACGAGUCACAACCAACAUCGACACCCCGCCGCAGCUCCAGGUCCAGGACGUGACCGACUCCUCGGCACUGGUCAGCUGGUCUCAGCCGGUAGCGCCGUCCGACCGGGUCACCGUCUUUUACAAGCCCGGCUCCGCCUCCUCCGAGGGCGUCAAGGUGGAGAUCUUCCCGCCGGACAAGCAGCACAGCCUGGAGGGUCUCCAGCCCGACACGGAGUACACCGUGUCCCUGGUCUCCCGCCGGCGAGACGCCAGCAGCGAGCCGGCGGUGGCCAACUUCACCACAGCGCUGGACGCCCCCAGGGAGCUAGCGGCGCUGUCCCAGACGGAGAACAGCAUCACGCUACGUUGGCGCAACACCCGGGCUAACGUGGACAGCUACCGGGUGAAAUACAGUCCGCUGUCAGGCGCCGCUCACGGCGAGGAAGUGUUCCCUCGAGGACCCGGAGACUUCACCACGGCGACAAUCAGCGGGCUGAAGCCAGGGACCGAGUACGGGAUCGGCGUGACCGGCGUGAAGAUGGAGCGGGAGAGUCUGCCAGCCACCGUAAACGCCGCGACGGACCUGGACCCUCCGAGGGCUUUGGAGCAAACGGCGUCCACGGAGACCUCCAUCGCCAUCCGCUGGCGGAAGCCCCGCGCCAAAGUCAGCAGCUACAGGCUGGUGUACGUCUCCGGGGACGGCCGAGUGGAGGAGGCCGAGGUCCCCCCCGCCGACACCGCCUUCGUCUUAGUCGACCUGACGCCCGCCAUGAGCUACACCAUCACCUUGACCGCGGAGCGAGGCCACAAGAUGAGCGCACCGGUCACCAUGACCGCAUCCACAGUAGCUGCCACACCGGACGUGCUCGCCCCGUCGUCUUCCCCCGACGUCCAAACGCCGGGCAACGCCACGUCCUCGGGGCGCCUCGAGGUCCGAAAUGUCACCCCCACGGGCGUUAGCCUGGCCUGGUCGGUGCCGGACGAGCCUUACCGGGGCUUCUCGGUGGAGCUCGCCGCUCCGUCGACGCCGAACCAUGUGACCACGCUCACAGGAAGUGAGAGGAGCGUGGAAAUAGGGGGCUUGACCCCCUCCACGUGCUAUGAAGUAACGUUGCGAGGAAUGUUGGCGGGGAACAUCACUUCCUUUACUGUGAAAGCGUUCGCCACAACAGAGGCUCUCAAGCCCACAGUGGGCGAGCUCACCUUUUCCGACGUAACGUGGGACGGCUUCACGGCGUCCUGGAGCCCCUCGGCCGGCGCCGACUUUGACAGCUUCGUGGUAGAGAUAACAAACCUGGACAAUAUGGCGGAGAGCCAGAACCUCACCGUGUCGGGGGGCGCCCUCAGCCUGGGCCUGUGGGGCCUGAACGCCAACACCAGCUACAUGGUGGGCCUGUACGGGCUCUACCAGGGCUCCUUCCUGGAGCCCGUGUACGCCGAAGCGCUCACAGAGGCGGAACCCGAGGUGGACCACCUUUUUGUCUCUGACAUCACCGCUGACAGCUUCCGCGUGUCCUGGGCGGCGGACGAGGACCUCUUCGACCGAUUUGUCAUCAAACUGCGGGACAGCAAGAGGUCUGGACGCCCUCAGGAGCACAUUGCCGCCGGGGACGAGCGAACCAGGCUCAUCACUGGACUUGUGGGGGGCACAGAGUAUGAAAUUGAGCUGUACGGCAUAUCUUUGGACCACAGAUCCCAACCGAUCUUCGGUGUAGCUCAGACAGGCCUGAUGACACCAAAAGGCCUUCGUUUUUCUGACGUAACCGACUCCUCGGCUGUCGUCCAUUGGUCCGUGCCUCAGUCGGCAGUAGACAACUAUCACAUCACAUAUGUGCCGUUUGAAGGAGGAAGCCCCAUGACGGUCACUGUGGACGGCGACGUCCUCCAGGCCUUACUGCCCAACAUGAGUCCCGGCAGGGUGUACCAGGUGACCGUCAGUGCCAUGAAGGGUCUGGAGGAGAGCGACCCCAGCGCUGACUCCGUAACCACAGCUUUGGACCGACCUCGAGGUCUGACCGUGGUAAAUGUGACGGACAGCUCUGCUCUGUUGCUGUGGCAACCGUCCGUGGCCCUGGUGGAUGGAUACAUGGUCAUGUACACCUCCGAGUCAGCGUCUCCAGUCGUAGAGCGUGUUUCCGGGGCUACGGCAGAGUUAGCCAUGGGGUCGCUGGCUCCGGGGAGUCUCUACACUGUGGAGCUCUUUUCCACCAAAGAGGCUCAGAAGAGUGCGUCUAUUGGAACAGAAUUUACCACUGAUGUGGACCCUCCCCGAGAUCUGGCAGCCGUCAACAUUGAAGCAGACAGCGCCACUCUAACGUGGAAGCCUCCGCAGGCCUCCGUCAGUGCCUACGUCCUGACCUUCUCCUCAGCGGACGGCUCGGCCCGGGAGGUGACGCUGAGCCCUACCGCCUCGUCCUACAACAUGGUCGAGCUGGCCAAGUCCACGGAGUACACGGUCCGAAUGCGGGCCGUCGCCGGAGACGGGAGGAGUCGCCACGUGGCCACGGUCUUCACCACAGAUGGAGAGCUGCACCGAUACCCCAAAGACUGCGCUCAGAUCUUCCUGAACGGAGAGACGGCGUCGGGCGUGUACACGGUCUACGUGGGCGGCGUGGACACCCAGGCCAUCCAGGCGUACUGCGACAUGGACACUGACGGCGGGGGAUGGACGGUCUUCUUGAGGCGCCAGAACGGCAAGCUGGACUUCUUCCGGAACUGGAAGAACUACACGGCUGGGUUCGGGAGCGUGGACGACGAGUUCUGGCUCGGUCUCAGCAACCUUCACAAGAUGACGUCUGGCGGAUCCUACGUUCUGCGCGUGGACCUGAGGGACAGCGGCGAGUCGGCCUACGCUCAGUACGACAGAUUCACCAUCGCCGAGCCCAGGACGCGCUUCAAGAUCUACAUCGGGGCUUACAGCGGCACGGCAGGCGACUCCAUGACGUACCACCAGGGCCGCCCCUUCUCCACCUACGACAACGACAACGACAUCGCCGUCACCAACUGCGCGCUGUCCUACAAAGGAGCCUUCUGGUACAAAAACUGCCACCGCGUCAACCUGAUGGGCAAACAUGGCGACACCAGCCACAGCAAGGGCGUCAACUGGUUCCACUGGAAGGGGCACGAAACCUCCAUCCAGUUCGCCGAGAUGAAAAUGCGGCCGGCCGACUUCGGGAGUUUCCAGAGCAGGUAAAACAAAAUAAUAAAAAGAGAGGAGGACGGCUGAGCUAGCGACCUGACGACACAUUUGGACACACUUCGAAGGCGCGAAUUUGUCACACAAAAAAAAACAUUUUUAUCAACUUUAUGGUGAUUUAAGUCAUAUUCAAAUUGUUCUUAUUGUCACAGGAGACGUAACUGCCGAUACAAAUAAAUAUU